AUGUGGAUACUAGUUACUCUUAUCGCUGUCUUAUUUUCCAAGAUCGAUGCAGCCGGCCUAUUAGACAUCCGUUUGAAGAGUGCUCACAACCAAAAAGCUACCGUAAUCCUCUCAAACGAUGUCAACCCAACAUACCUCGUACUACCUAUCAAACUGGUGAAAGGUGAAGAGACGUCGUUCGAAGAUAUGUUCAUCAACUUCAAUGAGACCUACAAAGUGACCAUCGAAUUGGAUGAAACUGAAGCGUUGGGACUUGCAAAAAGUGUCUACCGAGGAGAGAUCACACCGAUUCUUGGAACAUCUUCUCCGAAGAAAUUGAAUUUGCCAUUGACUGGAGUGAGAUUCGAUUUCAAAUGCGAGAAAAACUGGACGGGAGAGAAGUGUGAUCUCCUCUCGGGACAGGAAAUCGAAGGUUCAGGUGCAGAACAACUACUCGAAAAUUCAAAUUCACUGAAUGACUUGGAACUCGAUGUGGACUACACAAUGAACACACAAAAAUUGGAUACAAUCGUUGGGAUGUUGAAGAAAGAGAAUGAGAUUUCGAAUUCGUUCGCCGAGGAGAAUCUGGAAGUGGAGAGAUUGUUGGAGCAGGAGGAGAUUAUGGAGGCGUCUGGAGAUGGAAGUGGGGAGAAAUAA